AUGACCUCUCCCAAGAUGACUACCAUUUCUAUCAUCCCGCUGGCAGAGGGAUCCGUUCUUCUGCCAGGCCUUACUCUCCGCAUUCCGCUUCAGGGUCGUGGCGAUAUUGCCGCCAUCCUCGCAAACAUCUACAGCAAAGCUGCUACUCCAACUCCUGAUCAUACCUCUAUCACUGUUGGAUGCCUUCCUGUCAACUCUCCCUACCUCAGCUCUGAUGGCCAGAAACUCCUGGACGAUGGCAACAACUCGAACAGACGUCCCAUUGCCGCUAUCAAUCCUGCCCAGGCUACCAAGGAUCAGUUGUUCUCCGUAGGAACACUUGCUAAGGUUUCCGGCGUCCAGGGAAAGAGAAGGGGCGAACUGACUCUUGUCGUCGAGGGUGUGAGCCGCUUCCAAGUCAAUUCUUUCGUCAAAGACAGCCCCUACUUUGAAGCCGAGGUCUCUAUCCAUACCGAUGAACACGUCGAUGAAUCAGACAAGGAGGUCCAGGCUCUCUUCGCCGAACUCAAGCAACUUUCCCGCGAACUGCUCGCCCUCAUCAGACUCUCCUCUUUGCUACCACGUGCCCCUGCCACCACCUUAUCGCCACUCCUCGCCCGUCGCCUUGAACUCUUCAUCGUUAGAAAAGACCUACAAGAAGCUGGCGUUCUAGCAGACUUCAUGACAAACAUCAUAGAGUGUUCCCACGAGGACAAAUUGCGCAUCAUUUCCGCCCUCCCACUCAAGCUUCGCCUCGAGCGCGCUGUCGACCUGCUACAACGAAAUGUCUCGAGUAUUCAGGGCAACAAUCGUAUCAUGUCCAUCAGGUCUGUCGAACCAGAUGCUGACGCUGACUCGGACCAAGCAACACGCAUGCGACGACAACAGUUGCUGAAGAGACUUGGUGGCAAUAUGCCUGGGGGUGGUCGUCCUGGCUCGGCAAUGGGCCUCGGCAAACCCGAUGAUGAAGAUGAGCCUAACGAAAUCGAUGAGUUGAAGAAGCGUAUCGACGAUGCUAAACUGUCUCCCGAGGCCGCCAAAGUCGCCGAGCGAGAGCUAAAGAGACUCUCCAAGAUGAACCCUGCCCAAGCCGAUUAUCAGGUCUGCAGAACUUACCUUGAGAACCUCGCCGAGAUUCCUUGGACCAAGUUUACCGAAGACAAGCUCGACCCUGCAACGUUGACGCGGGCACGCAAGCAAUUAGACGACGAUCACUACGGUCUCGACAAGAUUAAGAAGAGAUUGCUCGAAUACCUGGCUGUACUCAAACUCAAGCAACAGGUCAACGCCAACCUUCAAUCUCAAAUUGACAAGAUCAAUGAGGAAGCCAACGCUGCGAACAAGUCUGAGAAUCCCGAAGAGUCUGACAAGAAACCUGAACAGACACCCGAAGAAGUCAAGAUUUUGAGCAAGAAGCGUAUGGUUGACAAGUCACCUAUUUUGCUUCUUGCGGGCCCACCAGGUGUCGGCAAGACUAGUUUGGCCAAGUCAGUUGCCACCGCACUAGGACGAAAGUUCCACAGAAUCUCUCUUGGUGGUGUACGAGACGAAGCCGAAAUUCGCGGACAUCGUCGAACAUACGUCGCAGCAAUGCCUGGUUUGAUCGUCAGUGGCCUUAAGAAGGUCGGAGUCUCGAACCCUGUUUUCUUGCUGGACGAGAUCGACAAGAUUGGCACAUCCAGCCACCAUGGCGACCCUUCAGCGGCCAUGCUCGAAGUUCUGGAUCCCGAGCAGAACAACACCUUCACUGACCACUAUGUCAAUAUUCCCAUCGACCUCAGCAAGGUAUUGUUCAUCGCCACAGCCAACUCUCUCGAUACUAUCCCAGCACCUUUACUAGACAGGAUGGAAACCAUUCAAUUACCUGGUUACACGACUGUCGAGAAGCGACACAUUGCCACUCGUCAUCUGAUCCCGAAGCAGAUCAUCACUAACGGUCUCAAUAAUGAUCAGGUCUCGAUUGCUGAAGAUGUCCUUGACAAAAUCAUCACUUCUUACACACGGGAAGCCGGCGUACGCAACCUUGAGCGCGAGAUUGGCUCUGUCUGCCGCAGCAAGGCUGUAGCGUAUGCGGAAGCUUCUGAUGCAAGCUCUACUUCCUCUUACAGCCCAACGGUUCGAAUGGAGGAUCUGGAAGAAAUUCUUGGUAUUGAACGCUUCGAAGAGGAGAUUGCUGCUACCACAUCACGUCCAGGUGUAGUCACAGGGCUUGUUGCUUACAGCUCAGGUAGUCAGGGCAGUAUCUUGUUCAUCGAAGUGGCUGAUAUGCCAGGCUCUGGACGUGUGCAACUCACUGGCAAGCUUGGUGAUGUGCUCAAGGAAUCUGUCGAGGUUGCUCUGACGUGGGUGAAAGCUCAUGCAUAUGAGCUCGCCUUGACACAUGAUCCUGCCGAGGACAUCAUGAAGAAUCGCAGCAUCCAUGUACACUGUCCAAGUGGUGCCAUUCCCAAGGAUGGACCGUCUGCAGGCUUAGCACAUACAAUUGCGCUGGUCAGCUUGUUCAGUGGCAAGCCUGUUCCGCCUACUGUCGCAAUGACUGGUGAAUUCAGUCUACGUGGCAAAGUGCUACCUGUGGGCGGCAUCAAAGAGAAAUUGAUUGGUGCACUUCGCGCUGGCGUCAAGAAGGUCCUGCUGCCAAACGCCAACAAGAAAGAUGUCAAAGAUCUGCCUGAAGAAGUCCUCUCAGGCCUUGAAAUUUGCCACGUUGGUCACAUUUGGGAAGCGAUGCGUCAAGUAUGGCCUGAUGACCACUGGCCUGGCGAGAGACAAUGGGAUGGCCUUGAGAGCCGCUUGUAG